AUGGUAUCACUUCGCAACCUCGUCAUCGCGGCAUCCGCCAUCAUCGGUCUCACGAUUGCUGCCCCAACAGUCGAAACGAGACAAACUACCUGGACGCCAGGAACGCAAAACAACACCCAAGAAUUCUACCUCCAUAUGACCGUAACAGACGGCGACACCAAAUACAACGGCUGGGCGUGUACUAGAAGCAUGGCACACAGGUGCGGGGUUCGCGGACCCGUCUUCGUCAAUACAACAGGCACGCGCGCCUUCCUCAACGGCACGCACCUGCAAUUCGACACUAGUCCGUAUGCCUUCUCGGCGCUCGGCAGCCCCAGCGACACCAACUACGCGCGCUGGGAGCCGGUCGGAAUCCAGAGCGGGUAUGGCACGGGGGUGUGGAAGAGCAAUGGCUCGGAUGGCUUUGUGGUGGAUGCAGAGGAGUUUGGGGGGUGGGUGGUUUGUGAGUGGUUCCAUGGGAUUAAUGCGCCACAGCUGUUUCAGAUGAUCUCUGGGUUUGAUGCGGAGCCAUAUAAUGUUCCUAGUAGUUGUGCUAGGGUGUUGUUGUUUGCGGUUUAUAUUUGA